AUGAGAUUUCUUCUUUCAAAUAUUCGAUAUUGGUUAGAAGAAUUUAAAUUUGAUGGUUUUCGAUUUGAUGGUGUUUCAUCUAUGCUUUAUCAUUCACAUGGCAUUGGACACCAUUUUGCUGGUUCAUAUGAUGAAUAUUUUGGUUUAGCUGCUGAUACUGAUUCAUUUAAUUAUCUUCAAUUAGCUAGUCAUAUUUGUCAAACAUUUUUUCCAGAAUCAAUAAGAAUUGCUGAAGAAGUAUCAGGCAUGCCAACAUUAUGUCGACCACUUGAAGAAGGUGGUGCUGGCUUUGAUUAUCGUUUAGCUAUGGCUAUUCCAGAUAUUUGGAUUAAAUUAUUAAAAGAAAAAAAAGAUGAAGAUUGGCAUAUGGGUAAUAUAACAUGGACAUUAAUGAAUCGUCGAUGGUCAGAAAAAAAUAUUGUCUAUACUGAAAGUCAUGAUCAAGCAAUUGUUGGCGAUAAAACUAUUGCACAUUGGUUAUUUAGUGAACAAAUUUAUAGUCAUAUGUCAGUUGUUAGUGAACGAACAGCCAUUAUUGAACGUGGUUUAGCUUUACAUAAAAUGAUUCGUUUAUUGACAUGUGCAUUAGGAGGUGAAGGUUGGCUAAAUUUCGAAGGUAAUGAAUUUGGUCAUCCUGAAUGGCUUGAUUUUCCUCGAACAGGAAAUAAUGAAAGUUAUAAAUAUGCUCGUCGUCUUUUUUAUUUAUCUGAUGAUGAUAGUUUAAGAUAUAAAUAUCUUAAUGCAUGGGAUAAAGCAAUGAAUAAUUUGGAAGAAGAAUAUAAAUGGUUAUCUGCGACGAAUACGGUAAACGAACGAAUUUCGGCACAGUUAGAGUGA